AAUAUGAGAUUUUUUUGCUUAUAUUUUAGGACGGAGAGAGUAGCCAUUAGCUCUGAAGCAUGAGUACUUGUACCGGGUAUGCGUACGAUACUCAUGGUAUUCCAUUUUUGCUCAUUAAUAUGGCAAUAUAAUGUUAUUUGUGCGUUUGAGUUUUUUUGUUGUUGUAACCAACUCUAAAUUUUUUUGAUUUUUUUUUUUAUGAAUCGAAGAAUUUAACUAUUUCGUAUUAUAUUCUGUAACAAAACUUAUGAUUUUAUUAAUGUACCCAUACCUUACUUUUUUCUAAAAUUGUUAUAUUCUCGUAUCGGUACCCGUAUCGUACCAGGAAGUAUCCGUACCUAUGCAACAUAUGCAAUUAGUAAUUACUAAUUGGGGAAUAGGCAUACAACAACCAAUUUCAUUAUUUUCUUUGAGUCUGUUCCUUAAGAUCUAAGGUUGAAACUCAUGUGGGUCGCAUCACUUUAUGUGAGACCUAUUUUUAAAUUGUAGAAAUCAUAUAACUUUGAUCAAAUAAAAAAGUGAGUGUCCUCGUGAACUUAACUCGUUUGGUAGGGACCACCACAAAAAAAUAAAAAAGGUGAGUUUAAAAAAAGAGUUGUCUUAAAAAAAGAAAAAACAGAGUUGUUUAAUGCUUAUCUCAUCUCAUCUCAGUAUUUAAACCGAAGUUCAAAAUUUCAAAGGUGUCACUCUCAAGAACGUUACCUUCUUCUUACCCGCCAAAAUCCAAUUCUCUCUCUCUCUCUCUCUCUCUCUCUCUCUCUCUCUCUCUCUCUCUCUCUCUCUCUCUCUCUCAAGUUACCCUCCAAAUUCGAAUUCUAUCUCUCUCUCUCAAAAAAUGUCAGACUCUGUAGAACAACAACUCUCUCUCUUUCGCUACCUCAUCCAAACCAGAAGUUUCGGCGAUUCCACGCUCCGAUUUCUAGAUUCGCUCUUGGUUUCCAAAGACGUGAAAUCGUUAGUUGAAAUUCGAUCCAGCUUGAAUCAACUCCUCAAAUCUGAAUCUCUUUCCAUCAUUCAAUCCAUCACUGCAGAAUCCGUCCACAAUAAGCUCAUCGUUCUCGAUUUCUUCGUCUGCGCUUUCGCUAUUGUUGGAGAUCUAGAGAGUUGUUUGGCAUUGAGAUACGAGGCUUUAGUUGUGCGAGAACUCAAGUCUGCUACUAUUCAAUUGCUACAUGUUUCGCCAUUAGAAUGGUUAAAUUUUGUGGAAGACGCUGUGAAGAACGGUUUUCAUGCAGUUGCAGUAAAGGCAUGUGAAAAUGCAUUGAGGUGCAUUGGAAACAGCGAUGUUCAAAAGCUUGGAAGAGACGUGAUUUCUGAUAAUUUGAAGGCUAAUACUAUCAGUGAGAUUACUAGGCUCAGGAACUUUUCACUGGCAUCGAUUACUUCACGUUCUGUUCAAGUGCAAGCAACAGAGUACCUAGAGAGGAAAACAAGAGAGCAGCAAAAGUUGGACUUACCCUACAAAGAAAAACGAUGUCUAGCAAGCACUUCAUUCAGAAAUGGAAUUAAGAGACAGAAUAUGCGAAAGUUAUAUAAACGACAAACCCUUCUGCGUGCUAAUUCUGAAAUGCAAGGACAGCAUCCGAAUUUGAGUUGAAGCCACUAGUCCAGUGCAGAUUUCAACCUCCAAGGUUUGUAAUUCAUAUUCACUUGCACUUUUUGAUUGAUUAUUAGUUUCAUACGGUAUCUAGACUCCGACCAUAUUCUCCUCUCUUUGGCUAGUAAAAACUCUGUGGACUCAUCCACAUUGCUCCAUGUUAAUAGUAGGUUUCUUUCAACCGAAGUGAUCGCCUAACAAUUGUAUAAUACUACUAUUAUGCACGUUCUUUUGAUUUAUUUUUUUACCAGAAGUUCUUUUGAUAA